AUGAGAAUAUCAGGCGUAGUCGGGUUGAUGGUUUGCCAGGGAACCGCCUCAAAAUCGUGUUGGGCAUUGGGAUGCAGUAUUGGCGUCAGGAAAGUGCACUCAACAAACCCGUUGUUCAAGAAAUACACACGUUGUCUCAUUUGCAACAAAUGCCAUUCUUCGCCUGUUUCUAUAUACUAUUGUAUUGAAUCCUCGGUGCUCUGGCAAAACUGUGACUGGGAGAAGCAUGAUAAUUUGAGUCCACUAGGCGGGCCAGCCCUAGGAUUGGCCACCUGGACUGCCGGUGGCCAUGCCCUAAUUGACACAUCUAAUUGUAGAGCUCCCGACUCCAACGAGCCUAGAGGUGUCGAUCAGGCUAUGCAGAUACAAAUAUACAGAAUGAGUAGUGGAGAUUGGAUGUGUGCUGCAUGCCAGCAUCUCAACUUCAAGAAACGCGAGUCGUGCCAACGAUGUAGCUGUCCUAAAUACGCCACCGAAGCCGAUGUGUCUGCCUAUGGGAUAAACAGAACAGAAGUCUUGGCUGGAGACUGGUAUUGUGGCGCUUUGAAUUGCGGUUCACAUAACUAUGCAAGUCGAGCAAGCUGCUAUCGAUGUGGUGGAUCAAGAGAUUAUUGUGGAUACGGCGCUGGAAUGACGGCACCUGCUGGUUAUGCAUACGACACCAGUGUGCUUCCCGGAUGGAAAACUGGCGACUGGAUUUGCACCAGAUUAGGAUGUGGUGUGCACAAUUAUGCUAGCAGGACGGAGUGCUAUAAAUGCAAGACACCUAAGGAUUUUUGCAACCCUAUAAGAUCAAGAACCCCAAAACAAACUGACCCCUUUUCUCCACAAUCUGCAUUUCAGACUCUCAAGACCCUACUUUUGAGCCACAGUCAAGAACCCAUUUCCCCUGAUUUCAAGGUCUUGCCUUUCAGAAAGGGAAAGCCUUUGGCCGGGACGACAGCCGAUUCUCCUGCUGAUGGGCCUAAUUGGCAUCUGGGGUGGUUGAGUUUGAGGGAGUGUAAGGAUUUCUUGGAGAGUUCAGAAGUGACUCUCAGUGAGGAUUCGUUGGUUUAUUUGGGUUGUAAGUACGAGGAUGAUGUUGUCUAUUGGACUAUUGACGUGUCUGAUGCUAGUGGGUUGGUGAGUGAAUUGGGGGCUAGGCAGUUUUGUUUUGUGGAGUUAAGGACUCUUAUGGUAGCCACAGAUUGGGCUGAUGCAAAAGCAAUGGGUGAGCUUGCGGUUGCUGGCCAUGCCAGAGCCCUGAUAGAAUGGCAUAAGGUAGCUCGUUUUUGUGGAUUCUGUGGAGGUAAGACUAUCCCUAUGGAAGCUGGGAGACGGAAGCAAUGCUCAAAUGAGUCUUGCAAAAAGAGGAUUUAUCCUCGAGUUGAUCCAGUCGUGAUUAUGUUAGUCAUAGAUAAAGAAAAUGACCGUGUUCUAUUAAGUAGACAGUCAAGAUUUGUGCCUCGCAUGUGGAGUUGCCUUGCUGGCUUUAUAGAGCCAGGAGAAAGCUUAGAAGAGGCAGUGAGGAGAGAAACAUGGGAGGAAACCGGCAUUGAAGUUGGUGAAGUUGUAUACCACAGUUCUCAGCCAUGGCCUGUUGGGCCCAGCAGCAUGCCAUGCCAGUUAAUGGUUGGGUUCUAUGCAUAUGCCAAGUCUUUGGAGAUAGACGUGGAUAAGGAGGAGUUAGAAGACGCUCAAUGGCACACUCGAGAAGAUGUAAAGAAGGCUCUUGAAUUUGCUGAAUACAAGAAGGCACAGAAGACAACAGCAACUAGAGUAGACCAAAUGUGCAAGGGGGUUGAGAAAGGGCAAAACUUGUCUGCAAAUUUCACUGUCGAAAGUGGGGAACUUGCUACUAUGUUUAUCCCAGGACCAUUUGCAAUUGCUCAUCAUCUCAUCUCUUCAUGGGCCAAUCAAGUUGAUGAUGAUGGUGAUGGAGCACAGAUGAAACAAGCUGGCAAUUCGUUCUCAAGCUUGUAG